AUGAUCCAGACAUUGCAGCGUCCAGAGACAAACAUCGUGACCGCCUUGGAUCAGUAUGGCCAUAAGACGGCAUCUGUAUUGAGAAGUCAACAUGUGGGUAAGCCUCGAAAAUUGACAGAUCAGUAUGCAAUGAGCAAGACGGCGGUCAAGAAUCGUGAACAAUGGUAUAAUCUUGGUGACUUGGAGAGAUGGUUCCGUCGUCGCGAGUUGGCCGACAACAGUGCCAUCCAUGCCGCCAUGGAGAAGAUCAAGUAUCAGCCUGUAUGGGAUAGGUUGACAGAAGUCGAAAAGGAGAGGAUUCGACAUGACGAGAGACAGACGGUUCUGCAACAACGCUUCGACCAAGGAAAGUCACAAUCGUAUUUCGUGGCCCAAUUGAUCGAUGUCGGCAAGCAGUGCGGUGUCAGUGACGGUGAUAUGUUGAGCUUGGUGCUGUCGAAACAGUCCAAAGCUCGAGAGGCAAUCAUAGAACUGUUCAAUGGCAUGGUAGAGGUGGACGAGUCUGGCAAACUUGCACUGGUCAACACGCCAACGACGAAAACUGGUAGAAUGGGGAAAGGGAUUGAAUAUGACUCCAAAGCUUGA